UGGAAUGAUGCGGGCGCACUCGAGAUAUUAGAGGACGCGCUGAGAAGGAUAGGCGCUCUCUGAAUAUGAAGAUUUUGAACAUUCGAGAUGUUUUUUAAUGAGGACAUAUCAUGCUUUCUAUAUUGCGUUAUAUCUAUCCAUUCUUCUUUUGUCAUUUUCUCUAUUUACCCACGAGAGUCUUGCACGCAUGAUCUGGAAGAUCGCAGGUGAGGAGAUAUGAAGAAGAAUGCCAUAAGCUGUAGAUUUCUAGUUGAAUAUGCACUGACGUACUUGUGGGAUAUUUCUAUGGAUUACUUUAAUAGAUUUAUUUAUGAUUUUUAACAAUACAACGAUCUAAAAACAGAAAAAACGACCACAAUGGAUGUAUUUAAUAGCACUAAUCUGGAGGACGGAAUUGAAGCAGUGAAUAUCUCCUAUAAUUCUACAUCUCAGAGUCGAUACACCCAGCUUUCUAUCUGGAGUCUGGCCGGACUUGUAAGCUUUCUAAUUUUAUUUACAAUAGUUGGAAAUGUCCUAGUUGUUAUCGCUGUUUUAACGAGCAGAGCUUUGAAACCACCUCAGAACCUUUUUCUUGUUUCCCUGGCCAGUGCGGACAUACUGGUGGCCACCCUGGUCAUGCCAUUUUCUCUUGCAAAUGAACUCAUGGGCUACUGGUUUUUUGGUAAAAUUUGGUGUGACAUCUACCUGGCUCUUGACGUUUUAUUUUGCACUUCCUCCAUAGUUCACUUGUGUGCUAUUAGUUUGGACAGGUAUUGGUCAGUGACACAGGCUGUGGAGUACAACUUAAAGAGAACCCCCAAAAGAGUUAAAUUCAUGAUUGUGGUGGUAUGGUUGAUUUCAGCUGUUAUCUCCUUUCCACCACUGAUAUCAAUGGACAGGACCAAUAAUGAGUCCAGUCCCCAGUGUUUCCUGAAUGAUGAGACCUGGUACAUCCUCUACUCCAGUAUUGGCUCAUUCUUUGCCCCCUGUGUCAUCAUGAUCCUUGUUUAUGUUCGGAUUUACCAAGUUGCAAAGACCAGGACCAGAACAAUGUCAGAGAAGAAGAGGGAUGUGGACUUUCCACUGGAGAACGGGAUGGAGCAAGCUGAACCAGGAAGAGGAGGAUCAUUAAAGUCUAACAGGACCGGCAGCAUGGGAGAACAGGAACAUGAGAAUGGGUACUGCCAAGAGCCAGAAACUCAAUCCCCUCUUCCAAAUGAGGCGAAGCAUCUGCCAACCGACCACAAUGAUGAUUUUGAGGACAGCAGCUCAUCAGAUGAGAAACCUAAAAAGGGUUUCAGUUUCUCCAAACAUCAUCAUGAAAAAAAAGAGAGGAAGUUCAGCCGGAAAAGCAGCUCAGCCUCCAAAUACUCAAGCAGGAAGUCACGAGCCAGUUCCAAGUCUUUGGAGCUCUUCUCGUCUAGAGGAAAACGAAGAAGCACCAUCAAUGGGAAGAAAGUUUCAGCUGCCCGGGAGAAGCGUUUCACCUUUGUCCUUGCUGUUGAUGGCGUUUUCGUUGUCUGCUGGUUCCCAUUCUUCUUCUCUUAUAGCUUGUAUGGAGUCUGCAGGGAGCUGUGCAAAAUUCCUGAGACAUUGUUCAAGUUUUUUUUCUGGAUUGGCUACUGUAACAGCUCACUUAACCCGGUCAUCUACACCAUCUUCAACCGAGACUUCCGCAGAGCUUUCCAAAAGAUCCUCUGUAAGACAUGGAAACGCUCUUUCUAAAUGUGGGCAUGGAUGCAGUUGUAAUAAAUGUUGGAUGAAAGGAUUUAACUACUGUGCAAAGAAGGAUUACAAUGCAAAAGUAAGCUGACAAUAUACACAUCAUAUUCUUUUAUUUAACACCAUCAGGCUGAUUUUAGACUGAUGGAGCCUCAGGUUAUUCCUUAUUUUUUAGACUUCUUUUCCAUUUAUUUAAAUACAAGAAACUAACUCUUAACAGUCACUUUGAUGUAUGCACACCACAGUGGCUCAUCUGCAUGAACUGCACAGGAGGUAAAUGGUUUAGAGAAUCACUUGAUUCAUAAUGUUACCUUAUCCACUCAGUUUAAUGCCAAGGCCUUGACAAUCUCUACACAACUGUUACUCGAAGCGUCAGUGAUAUAUUCUCUGACACUCAACAAUAGGGCAUUGGGACAAUCGGCCUCCUUCCUUACUGUUUCAGUAGCAAACCUGUUGUUAUGGUGAUAUUGUUUUCUUAAGUUCUCCAUGUUGGGCUCAAAAGAGUCAAAAGUGGAAACUGAAGGGGAAGACAUUGUAUGAGGACAUACAGUAUGUUUUGUUUUUUGUAUACUUGCACAUGUGGCUUGGAAUCAAUCCAGAAACUGUUACACUUAGUACAUUAGUACAUCAAUGUUAACUGGGCAUGUCCCCUUACAGACAAAUGUUUGCACCUGUCUUUGAGGAUAUAAAUGGAAUAAGGAAAUCCAGACAAGGCAGAUUAUUAGCCUCUGAGGCUUCACUGUUUACUGAAAUGUGUUAGUUCUGUAUGUGUGUGUGUGUGUGUGUGUGUGCGCGUGUGUGUGUGUGUGCGUGCGCGUGUGUGUGCGUGUGCGUGUGCGCGUGGGCGUGUGUGUAUGUGUAUAAGCGUGCUUUGUUUAAAUAGCCUGAUUCUUUGUGGUUAUGUGUCACAACUCCAAAAAUCAUAA